AUGGCCGCUGAUUCUCUUCAAGAGCAGUCAUCUUUCCGCGGCGCAUCCUUCAAUGGAGGGUCGAUGAGGGACCUGUUAAGUGCUGACGCGGGACAAAUCAAAGAGGAUCGUCCCGCGUCGCGAGGGGAUUCCUGCGGGUGCGGAGCUCUCGAGGCGUCGGCGUGCAUUUGCAGCACCGGCGCGUUGUCCCCCUCUCCCUCCGCGCGCAAAGGCACGACCAAGCCCAGCAGCUUCCGCUUCUUCGCGUCGCUCAACCGCUCCGUCAGAGUCGAGAUUCCCGACGACACCCUCCCGCACCUGCCGGUUUCGCAGAGCCUACCAGACCUUCCCACAGACUCCGCCGCUCGUGGCGGUGGCCGCGACCCGAGAAGCACGUUGGAGCUCUUCCAUUCGUCGUCGCAGCCGCCGCUAUGGCAGCCCAGCUCGCCCGUGGGCGUGCGUAGCCAGUACGCGGAGGCGAUUCGGGAGCGCGCGCAGCGCGCAAUGGAGUCGCAGGAGGCGAUGGAUAGCGCGUGGGAGGACCAGCACGUCGCACAGAUCGCACAGAGCACGCCGACGUCGCCGUGUCGGUCGCCCGGCGCCAUGAGCAUGAUGUCGCCCAAGUCGCUCAGGCGAAUGCUGCUAGCACCUGUCCUCUCGUCCACAUCAGCGCGCAAAUCCAGCAGCGCAGCGGGCUCGUGCGAGAAGGAGGCGAGGGGGACAGGGUCCGCGCGAGAGAGUGCGCCGAGAGGGGGAGGGUCCGCCAGCGAGCGCGAGAGCGGGCGGCGCACGAGCUCGUUGAAAGGCAGCGUCGAAUGUCCUGACCGCGUGGAUUGGUCGGGCGGGCUAUCCAGUAGAGACUUAGAGAGAAGGCAGAGCGUUUCUAGCCCUAGAAUGGCUCGAAAUCUAACGGUAAGCGUGAAGCGCGCAAGCGAGAGCACCGCCGGUUGCGCCGACCUUGACUUUUUCUCCUCCGAGUGGGAAUUUCCCGCCGCGCAGAGCGUACCGUGCGCGCGCACCGACGCGGCUGCGGACUCCCCCCCGGACUCCCCGCGCGCAGUCUUCGGGAACAGCUGUAUGCCUCCGGCCGUCUCCGCUGGUCUCCGCGUCAUCUCCUCGCCGCGCUCCCCCUCCCUGCACCUGCCCUCCUUUUCCUCCCUCUCGCAUUCUGUAACCUCCUUGUCCCCGCGCUCCCCCUCCCGCCACGUCCCCUCUUCCUCCCUCGCGCUCCCCUCUCCGCGCGCCAAGGGCAAGGCCUCCCCUCCCGCCCUCCGCAGCGCGCACUCGUGCUCGGGCCCUCUCAGCCCGCAGGUUUCGCGGAAGGUUCCUGCGUGGGAGGAGGAGGAGGUAGCGGUGGUGGGGAGGCUGCUGGCAGCAGGUGUGGGGGAGAUCGCUGUGCCCGCCGCUGGCGCCAAUGGGAGGAACUAG